AUGGCGAAUGCCUUAAACAGUCGCUGCUCAAGAGUUAUAGCGGUUUACGUGAACUUUUCGGGAAAUAUUGGACCAAAUCACGCCUUACACACUACUGUUCAACGUCGAUCCGACUUGUCCUCAGGAGAAGGUAAGAAAACAGUGACAAGUUAUGUGGAUGGCUUGUCUAAAGAUCUACAAUUCGAUGAUUAUCAGAAGGCGUUCCAGUCAAAGUCACGUUGGGAGUUGGCCCGCUCCAUCGCCAUUAUAAAGAUGUGUACCAACAAUAAGCUCGUGGACAACAGCCUCAUGUUGAUGAACACCGGCCGGAAGGUUCUUGGCGACAAAUUAUUUGAUCGUUUGGCGAAACCUACGGUCUAUGGUCAGUUUGUGGGCGGAGACACUCCAGAAUCUCUACUUCGGACAGUGGUCAGGAUGAGAGAGAUGGGAGUCGGACCUUUAGUGGCCGUCGCCAUGGAGGAAGACACGACAGAUGAUAACAGGGAAGGUGAUCGAAAAUAUGACCGGAACUUAACAACCACUUUACAAUGCAUUGAGGUUAUUUGCGGUCUUCAAGAUCCCAACCCAAUGUUGCAAGCAAAGCUGACGGCCAUUUUCCCGGCAAAACUUUGUGCUGCUGUGUCAAACGGAGUAAUAGUUUUGAUUGACGCUGAAUACACCUACCUUAAUCCAGCUUUAAACCUCCUCACAUUGGCCAUGAUGUUGGUCUGUAACGGACAAAAGACGCUGAUGUUUUACACAUACCAAAAUUACCUCAAGGGGAUGACCGAAUACCUAAAGAGAGACAUGUCCUUUAUUCAUGACCAUGGUGUAGGAUUCGGCACCAAACUCGUUCGAGGAGCUUACAUAGAUAAGGAGAGACUACUGGCACAAACCAAAGGUUAUCCGGAUCCUACUAAUCCAUCUUAUCGGGACACAUCGGACACGUACCAUAACUCUAUGAAUACGAUGCUGGAAGGUAUCGCCCGGAGCCCUGAUAAAUGUUCUGCAAUCAUUGCCAGUCAUAAUGAAGAUACUGUUGCUAAAGCAGUCAAGAGAAUUGUGGAAUUGAAGAUAGACCCGAAAUGUGGAUCUUUAUUCUUCGGCCAAUUGUAUGGGAUGUGUGACCACGUGACAAACACUCUGAGUGAGAUGAAGAUGCCAGUUUACAAAGCAAUACCUUACGGAUCUGUGGAGGAUACUCUCGCCUAUCUAUCACGGAGAGCCAUGGAGAACCGAUCGGUAUUGACGAGGGCGAAUAGAGAGAAAACUCUAAUGUGGAAGGCCUUGAAGUCGCGCCGAUAGCCUGUCAUGAACUUGAUAUUGUAUUUUUCUGUGUGAAACUGUACAAAAACCAAUGCGAAAAUCAACGGUAAAUGACACAAGAGUGUAUUUGCGUAACAGUAUGUAUAUUUCUCUCUCUCUCUCUCUCUCUCUCUCUCUCUCUCUC